AAAAUUAAAAGAAUCCCGAAGCCACGUCGUCGCCGGUUGCCACCCCAUCGGAUUCUCUAUAACCGCCUCGCGCUGGAACGACCGACGGUGGCAGGUGGCGAUUCCGUCCGUCCGUCCGUCCAGCCAUCCAUCCGACGGUCACCAUUUAAUCCAUCACGCUUCCAUCACCUCCUGCUUUCUCGAACCAUCUAUUUCCGAAUUCCCUCUAUCAUCGUGCUUCACGCACACCGAGAAUCGAGGAAUCCGCAGCUUUCGCGCCUAUAUAUAGGGCAUCCGCUUCUCCCGGUCUACGGCGGCAGUUGGUGGAGCUCCGCCGACGGCUGCUGAUCACUUGAAACCCUAGGCUCCAACUUAGAUCCAUCCCUCUUCGUCCUAUUGAUGGGAUUCGGAGCGUGCGCCGUGGAGGUCCUUGGAUACCCCAGCUUCGCUGUGGGUUGCCUUGUAGGCGGUCUCUUCCUCGCUCUCUCCUUCCUCUCCGUCCGCCUCCAGUCGUUUCUCCUUGGUGUGCGGCUCCCCGGGAUCCGCCGCAGGAGGAAGCGCCCCGUCAGGGUCUAUAUGGACGGGUGCUUCGACAUGAUGCACUACGGCCACUGCAAUGCCCUGCGCCAGGCUAGGGCACUCGGAGACCAGCUCGUUGUUGGAGUGGUGAGUGAUGACGAAAUCAAGGUGAAUAAGGGGCCGCCUGUCACUCCUCUCCAUGAAAGGAUGAUUAUGGUAGGCGCAGUGAAGUGGGUUGAUGAGGUCAUUCAUGAUGCUCCCUAUGCUAUAACUGAAGAAUUCAUGAAUAAGUUAUUUACUGAAUAUCAGAUAGAUUAUAUUAUCCAUGGGGAUGAUCCCUGUCUGCUGCCAGAUGGUACUGAUGCGUAUGCCCUGGCCAAAAAGGCUGGUCGAUAUAAACAAAUCAAAAGAACUGAAGGAGUAUCUAGCACCGAUAUUGUUGGUCGCAUGCUACUAUGUGUAAGGGAGAGAUCCCUUGUUGGUAGUAAUCAUUCUUCUUUGCAAAGGCAGUUCAGCCAUGGGCACAACCCGAAAGUUGAUGUUGCAGGAUCUGCUACAGGAACUCGGAUAUCCCAUUUUUUGCCAACAUCUCGGCGAAUAGUGCAAUUUUCUAAUGACAAGGGUCCAAGUCCCAAUGCUCGUAUAAUUUACAUAGAUGGUGCAUUUGAUUUAUUCCAUGCUGGACAUGUGGAGAUACUUCGACUUGCUCGAGAACUUGGAGACUUCCUUCUUGUAGGAAUUCACACAGAUCAAACAGUCAGUGCCACUCAAGGACUCCAUCGUCCAAUAAUGAAUCUCCAUGAGAGAAGCUUGAGUGUUUUGGCAUGCCGUUAUGUAGAUGAAGUGAUAAUUGGUGCACCUUGGGAAGUUUCAAAGGAUAUGAUUACCACAUUUAAUAUCUCGUUGGUUGUUCAUGGAACUAUAGCUGAAAAUAUCGAUUUCUUAAAGGAGGAUUCGAAUCCAUAUGCCGUUCCCAUGGCUAUGGGAAUUUACAAGCAACUAAAGAGCCCUUUGGACAUCACAACUAGUACAAUCAUAAAGAGGAUUGUUUCUAACCAUGAAGCAUAUCAGAAAAGAAAUGAGACGAAAGAAUUGAGUGAAAAGAAGUAUUAUGAGAACAAGAGCUACGUCUCCGGAGACUGACUCGAAUAAAAUUGUCGCAUUGCUAACUCCUGCAGAGGCAGCUAUUACAAUAUCAAGCAGGCCCAUCAUCAGCUCGAGUUUUGUUCGUUUUAGAUUUUUCAGGCCGAUAUGAAGCUUGAUAACCAUUUAUAGGUUGGAAGUCGCCAGUUAUAUCGCGAGCACAGGGCAGCAAUCGUUCAAGUCCUUGUUUUGAUUUGCCUACGCAUAUUCUUCCAUUAGUAAAUAGAUUUGCUAUAUGAGCUUUUGUUUCGUAAUGGACAUUAUUUACUAUAUAUUUAUAUAUGCAUUGAUCUGUAUGUUUCUUGUGUUUUACAAUUCAGUAGCCAAGAUUAUUUAUUAUAGUUUUGGUUGGUUUAGGUCAAAGGAAAAUUUCAAUAGACCAGCUGAACUAGCCUAGCAAUAAAUGGUUAUUUAUUAACUAAUAAUUCUUAUUUUUCCAUAGUCACAUUGUUCCUGGGCAGAAAAGAUUGUUUACUCUGAAAAAGAGUCGUGUGUUGAUCUGUAAUUUAAAUUUCCAUUGUUCUGAACAAGAAUGCUCGUGACAUGUUUCUUCAAAUUACUCAACAAUGGGCAAGAGACUUACCCCUGAACUCUGAGCUCUAAUUCAAUAAUGAAGAGAAGGCAUAUGAUUAUGGUAGAAAAGAACGACAAUUGAAUCAUUUAUUCAAUAUGAAGCAAUCAUUUAUUCAAUAUGAUCCAGGAGGAGAGAAACAUGGUGUAAAAAGUUCUCAUGUACUCAUUGUUCACUGCUUGUUCACUGUACUGCUUGUUCACAAUUAUAUACAUGUAGGAUCACAUGUUCCUCCCUGCCAUGGUCCAAGCACUCCCCACAGACCGUGCACACUCACACUAAAAACACAUCGCCUCCCUAGUUCACUACUUGCGUAAACUCCCAAAGUGUGAAACAAAGAGAGAAAGGGAACAGAGGAAGAUAGCGAAAAAGAUCUCAUCUUUCUAGCAAUCCUGUGUCUCCCUAAACCAUCCUUUUCAUCUCGGCCUUCAGCAGCCGCUUCGGGCUUGGUAUCGCUUGGGAGGAGCAGGAUUUGAAUGCCGGCGGAGGAUGAGAGACGGCUCCAACGAUGGGCAACUGCGGGACCAGGGAGGAGCAUGCCGUCGCCGCCGUGCACGCACAAGGUCUAAUCUUUGAUGUUUUUGUAAAGCUUUGGAUCUUGCUGACGAAUCGGCCUUGUGGACUGAGAUUCGUUCUUUCCUUCGUUUUAAUGCCAAUUUGUAGAGGUCAAUCUUCCCAUUUGCCUUUGUCUUUCUUGUUCAUUACAGGUAGAAUUUCGAUAAACUUUUGCCAUUUCUUUUUGUUACAUUAUGUUCCGUUGGUCCUUGUUUCAUUAUGAACUUGAAGAAGCAAUCUACUCUGCCCACCUCCAAGUUUUCACAGAGAACAGUUUUUUUUUUCUGCGAUCUAAUAUAUUUCAAGAUGAGACAUUUAGGGAUCUCGCUUGCUUCCGAGUUCUUCUUGUAUUUAUGCUGUGGGACUAUUAGAAGUGCCAGUGCCACAACGCCUCUUCUGAAUGUUAUUUAAUUCUCAAAACACCAGUUUAGUUAUCAGCAAAUGAUGAAAACUUUUAUUUAAGUUGCCAAGUUUACCAAUUUGGAAUCUUAUUAGUGCAGUGCAGCAACUCCAAAUGUUCCAACUACCUGUUAAGAAUGCUCUUAAGGAGAAAAAAUAAAUUCGUACUUUCUCGAAUGUCAGUAACUCCUCGAGUUCAUGACAUUUUGAGGAUUCAACAAAUAAUGCAAUAUACACUGAUGUGAUUGUGUUCACGGUGUUUGAGCUUGAGGCAAUUACCAAGAGUUUAAGACUGAGGAGUUGUUGACAAAAGUUGUCAACCCAAAUACCAUUCUUUAGUAACGAGAAAUUCAUAAUCAUUCUACUUUCAAUUUUAAAAACGUUAUCACAUUUUCUACAUUUAAAGUGAUAAUCCCAAUCAUGACGAUCUUUGUUAUGAGUUUUGAGAUUUUUUUUUGAAAAAUACAUUGUGUUGCUAGAGUCUUAUUCAUACAUACAGACAAAUAUAAAACUUCUCCAUAGUCAUCGUAGAGAAGAGGAAGAUUCUUUGUUUUUGUUAUUAAAUCUGAAAAUAAUAGAUUUUUUAAUAAUAUCAAUGCGAAACAACAUGAAAUUUUUUUUUUUUCUAUAUUAAUGAGGUGAUUCUUAAUUCUUUUUUCUUUGGAUGAAUGGGACAAUUUUCAUCACGGUUUAUAAUAAAGAUGAAAUGGGGAACACAAUUAGCAUUGCUUGUUGGGCUUGUGGUCCAUUAGUGAUUGAUUUAUCAAUCUUGAUUAAUUACUAAAAAAAAUCUAUGUGACUCUAUUUUAGCUAUGUGUAACAUUAAUAAACCUAAUUAUGUAAUUAAAGUGGUCUACUCAUACGAUUUAUCUUUAGAAGAUUAAUAAUAUGUUACUCAUGAACCAUGAGCUCCGAUCAAGUGGUGACCACGAGUUCUCAACCAAGCAGUGACAAGUAGCCCUUGAGCUUCAGCCAAGUUGUGGCUAUGAUAGUUAUGAGCUCGGUUGAAACAACGAGGGAGCUCAAUGAAGACAAUGAGGAGGGAAGGAAAUCUUGUUCCGCAUAAUUUUGUGUUGAUGAAAUAUCAAUCACAAAAAAUAAAGUAUUUCAAUUCUCGUAUAAUUCAUCUUUUUUUGCUAUCGGUUCGUGAGCAACAUACCAUUAAUCAUCUAAAUAUAAAUAGCAUGAGUAGACCACUUUAAUUACGCAAUUAUAUUUAUUAAUAUUAAAGAUAGAUAAAAUUUGGAUUUAUUAAUAUUAAAUAUAAAUAAAAUAGACCAAUUUAACUAUUCAACAUAAUUAAUCAAGGUUGACUAAUCAAUCGCUAUUAGUCCAUAAGCCUAACAGAACCAAGUCCAAUAACUAGUUAGCUAAUUAAUUAAUAAUUUACACAUUAAAUUCAUUGCAUUAGUAAUUAUGUUCCUUGAUUCAUCUUUUUUGUGUGCAGUAAUGACAAUUGUCCCUUUUCAUCUAGAAAGAAUUAAGAAUUACUUAUAAAUACAAAAAAAAAAAUCUUUUCAUGUUGUUCUCACAUUGUUAUUAUUAAAAAUUCUAAUAAUUUUGGAUUUAAUAGUGAAGAUGAAGAAUCCUCCUCCCCUCUAUGAUGACUAUGGAGAAAUUUUAUAUUUUCCCUGUGUGAAUAAGACUCUUAACAACAUAAUGUAUUUUUCAAAAAGUAUUUCAAAAUCCAUAACAAAGAUCGUCAUGAUAGAUAUUAUCACUUUAAGUGUGAAAAAUGUGGUAACAUUUUCAAAACCGAAGCUAGAAUGAUUAUAAAUCUCUCGUUGCUUAAGAAUGGUGUUUGGUUGAUAACUUUUAACAAUAAUUCCUCAUUCUUAAACUCUUUAUGAAGAAUCGUUGGAAUUAGACAAAGUUGAUCAAGUUUCUCAUCGUCCCUACUUUGAAGUUUGAGCAUAUGAGUGAGUUGGUGAUGAUCAUAAAGGGGUAUCAUGUGGAUGGGCACGUGCAAAAUAGAUUUUUUCAUAUGAGAGACAGCUGCACCACUAUCUGGGGCAACAAGAAUGCCAAUUGCAUUUGGUGCUGCUAAAGGACUAGCUUUUCUUCACAAUGAUGAAAGACCUGUUAUCUACCACGACUUUAAUACCUCAAAUAUUUUAUUGGACUCAGAUUACACAGCCAAGCUCUCUGAUGUUGGUCUCGCAAAAGCUGGACCUGAGGGUGACGAGACUCAUGUAUCAACGAGGGUGAUGGGACCUAUGGCUAUGCCAUGCCAGAAUAUGUGAUGACAGGUGCUGCAUCUUGAUAUCUUGGCAGUAUCCUCAAUGGCUUGCUUAGACAAAUGCCUUCUAUUAUAUGGCUCAGUGACAUCCUAUGACUUGAUUCUACCAAUUUGCUGGAAUCUUGGGUCACAAAUAUCUUUAUCAUAAGCAGGGCACUUGACAGCCAGGAGUGAUGUUUAUGGCGUUGAAGUUGUUCUUCUUGAGCUCUUGACAGGCAGUCAAUCCAUGGACAAGACUCGCCCAAUCAAGGAGCAGAGUUUGGUUGAUUGGGCUCAUCCAAGCUCAACGACAAUCGAAAGCUGUUGCAAAUAAUUGACCCCAAGCUGGAAGGUCAGUACUCAGUGAGUGCUGCCCAAAAGGCUUGCAGUCUGGCAUUAUACUGUUUGAACCUCAACCCCAAAGCAAGACCUUUGCUGUGCAGUCGAGCAAUGGAAGUGGGGUCUCAUUCAGCGGGCUUGCAGAGAACAGAAUGCACGAGACACUUGAAUGGAGUGUUGUCAGCUGUAGAACAAGCCCGAGUGCAAAGUGUUUGAGUACUCUUCCAGCCUGCAGGGUAAAAUGAGUCUACGCAGACUGUAAAUUGACUAGCUUUGUUGUGCUUGUGUGAGUUUGCUUCUUCACUAUGUUAAGAUGUAAAAUUUAUGUUAGUUAACAUGGAAAACUAUUUCUGAUAAUUUAUAAUUUAAAUCAUCAGCUCGGA